AUGAAUGCCGAUCCUGCUUAUAUUUAUCCCUCAUCUAAAACGAAAAAUUCUGUCCUUUUAUACUUAAAUUCUUCUGUCCUGAGCAUAGAAGCAAUGAAAGAUGAAUUAAUCCAAGACUUUAAUGCAAAGCUAAAAUCCCUGACUUCAAAAUUUAGCGCAGAAUAUAAUGAAAUUUCUAGAAUUCGACUUAAAUACAUAGAAUUGAUAAAAAAAAUUAUAGAAACGUCCCAAAUCAUUGCUAAUUCUACGAGUCUUGCUGAUAAAAUCUUAUGUUUGUCUACAGACCCUGCCUUAGAAAGCUUAUUGCAAAUUCCUUUCAUAACUCAAGGAAUUGAACUCGGACUCAGUCGCCCUGAAUCUUCUCAAAAUCAAAUAGCAGCUUUUCAGCAUAAUACAAAAAACCUCUUGAAAAUCAAUCUAACUCCCCCCCCCCCUCCGUGAGCGAACAAAAAAAUUUUGUUCGCUCACGGAGAGGGGGGUUAAUUUUUUUUUUUAAAAAAAAUUUAUAUAUAAAUUUUUAUAAAAAAUAUUUUUUUCGAAAUUUAAAAAAAUCCUAAUUUGCAAAAAUUGGGAAGCAAAUAUUAAUUUAAUUUGCAAAAUUUAUGUUUUAAAACGCAAUUUGUUUAAAAUUAAACAGAAUUAGCUCUAGAUUUCAUUAUACUAAUUAUCACUUAUAUAUCAAAAUUUUUUUCCAUUAAAAUUUUUUCUAUUAAAAAAAUUUUUGUUCACUCACGGAGGGUGGGUUUUUGGUCAAAAAAUGGCGAUUUUUCUAAUGGUUUUGUUCGCUCACGGAGGGGGGGGGGGGAGUAAGCAAUUUUAAAGAAACAAAAAUCGAAUUAAAUACAAAAAGUAAAGCCAAUGAGCACAUCAUAAUGUGCGAACUUCCAGAUAAUCAAAUAUUCUGCUAUGGAAAUUGAGAACCUGUAGGAACCACAUUUAUAAUUGAUGCUGAGAACAAUAUAAUAGAACUAGAUGAUGGAAAACCUUGCUGCUCAACAUAUGCGACAUUAUUUGAAGAUUCAAUCUAUGUAUUUGGUGGUUGAAAGACUAAAGGGGAGAGAUCUAAUUUUGCAGUAAAAUUCAGUUUACAGACUGCAGAGUGAAAAGAUUUGGCCCCUCUUCCAAUAUCUUCAACAGCAGUUUGCUCUUUAGCUGCUGACAAUGAAAUAUGGCUUUCAGGUUACAAUCAUCAGAAGCUAUAUUCUUACAGCAUAGAAAAAAAUAAUUAUCAAGAAUAUAUAGAUCUUGCACUCAAUUGUAAUAAAAUUAUAUGCAGAGGAGAUUCAUUGUCAAUAUAUGUAAUUGAGUCAGGAGGAAAAAUAAUCAAAAGCGAAUUUGAUGGGUACAAUUGACAGCUAGUCGGCAAUAUAUUACAAUUCAACGAUGUUAUAUCUUACUAUAAAUUGUAUAUGGGAUCCGUUUACUUCUUAGAUUAUGAUUAUGUUUUAUAUGCAUUUAAUCUAGGUGAAAAGCAUUUAGAUAUGAUUAAACAAUUUAAUUAA